AUGGCCUUCAGGAAGCCGCAUCCUCGUCCCAUCGUCACUGCCCGAAGCCAUGGCCGACCAGAUGACGGCCCCGACGCAAGCUAUGGCGAGCGGCGCGACGAAUGGAGCAACUCCUCCGCGGAGGCGGCAUCGGCUGCGCCCUCAAAUUCAGCGGCAAAAAUGCCGGAUCUACCGGAUUACCUAAUACCAAGACUAAAGAUGCGAUUCAAAGAUGUAGAGAAAGCAAGGGAAUUUUAUAACAGAUACGCCAGACACGCUGGUUUUGGAAUCAGGAAGACAGGGGGAAAUGACAACCACAAGUAUUUUGUUUGCGCCUUCCAAGGGAUACACACAUCUUCUGUUUCAGAGGCCAACAGGAAGCGAAACAAAACAUCGCAGAGGACGGGCUGCAAUGCAAGAAUGAGGGUGAAGGUGCAGGAGGAUGACACAUGCGUGGCAGUGGACAUUGAGUACAAUCAUAAUCACCAGCUCAUGCAAACUGAUGACAUGCUGGUAUUUUUGCACUCACACAAGAAUUAUGACCCCACUAUUUUGGAGUACGUAAAGCUCCUGCAGCACCAUGAUGUCAAGCACACAACAAUCAUGUCCAUGCUAUCUGAAAAUGAAGAUGGAAGCUACUUCCUAAGCAUGACUGGACGAGGCCUACUAAACCAGAAAGCCAUGAAUGCAAGGAAAGAUGAUUUGGAUGAUGUAUUGAAACUUGUUUCAUUCUUCAAAGACAUGAAGUCAACGACAUUUGUUGUUGCCCUGAUAAGAGACGAAGAUGCAAAGUCAUUCAAGUGGCUGUUCGAUACAUUUGUACGGUGCAUGAACAACAAGCACCCAACUUGCAUUCUAAGAGAUCAAUGCCCAUCGAUGGCGAAAGCUAUACCACAAUCAUUUCCAAACACCGUCCACAAGCUAUGUCGUUGGCACAUCAUGAAGAAGUACAUGGAAUACCUCGCGUUGCUGUACAAAAAGUAUAAAACAUUCAAAGAGGAGUUCACAGCUAUAUUAAACUGGCCGCUGAUGCCAACGGAGUUUGAAGAUGCCUGGACUCAACUCAUGCACAACUACAACCUAGAGAAUGACCAGAUGAUGAUGCAGCUCUGGAGUGAUAGGAAGAUGUGGAUUUCAGCAUAUUACAAGAAUAUUUUCUGUGCUAGAAUGACUUCCACACAACGAAGCGACAGCAUGAACCACGUGCUAAAGAAAGGGUUUGUCAAGGGGACCCAGAACCUACACAAGUUUGCUAGGCGGGUCAAUGCUUGCAUACAAACUCGGAUGCAGAAGGAGAACGAGCAAACAAUGACCAGCAUGACCAAUCUUGUGACAAAAACAACUUACGGCUACGAGGAAGACAUGUCUAUCAAGUACACGAGAGCCGUGUACACCGAGAUGAGGAAUAGGAUGAGAAAGGCCACGCUAUUUCGUGCAAAGCAUACAGCAGAGCCCACUAAGUACCUUGUGUACUACCACAACAAGCCUGGCCAUGAUGAUGAAGAAAGAUUUUCCUAG